CACCCAAACCCUCAACUUUAAUCCCAUAACCACUCCUCUUCUUUUUUUUCUUCGGCAACUUCAAGGCUUUUGAUCAUAAAUUAUUUUACCAACUAAAUUCAUGGUCAUGGCAACCACUACCUCUACUACCACUAACUGCUCACAUUUCUUCAAUCUCCGAUCAAACGACGACGAACCCAAGCUGGUCCGUCCGUCACCACCCACCGCUCACGGCUCACCAGCUGCUUCUGGGUCUGGGUGUGGAAAGCUCGACGGUGUCAUCAUGUGGUUCGUCAAUGGCGUGGCGACUGUAUUCUUUGCAUCGUUAGAACGGUGUUCUUGCGUCCGUAUAACCACGGCAGAUGACGGCGAGGACGCGAAUGACGUGCCGUUGAUUCACGGUGACGGAAACGUCAGGCUUGACGCUGGAACCACGAGGAGGAGGACUGCAGGGAAAGCACCGUUUCUUCAAGACUAAGGGGUUUUAAGAAAUAUAUUUCGUUUGUUACUUAAUUUGGUAAGUUAAAUAUGAUGAUGGAGUUGCUCUUGCAUUUGUGAAUGUUUUAGUGGGAUUAUAUUGUUGUUUGGAAGUAUAUUUUUACUUUUGUUCUUUAUGAAUAUGAAAUUGAAAAAUAAAUUAGUUUUUUUUAUUUAAAA